CAUCAACAAAGCAAAAGUUCGAACAAAAAAAAAAAAAACCAAAAAGUUCCGGUAAUAAGCUUUCAACAUCCAAUGGGAAACAAUAUUAGUUCCGACGACAAUGACAUUUGGACUCACCAGCAGCAAGUAAAUAAUAAUGCAACUCAAGCAGUGAUAGGCAAAUCGUCUCAGCACUCACAAAGUUCAGCAGCAGCAAUUGCAUUGAAGCCGCAGCAACAACAACAGCAGCCAUCUCGAGACAGCCAGCAACCAUCCACAGCUUUUCGAAAAGAGGAAAAGUACUCAUUAACAAAAGAUAAAUCGAUGCUAGCGACGAUAUCAGAAAAACAGCAGUUAGAAGAUCACUACAACGGGCUCUUUCACCGCUACCAGAAUACACCAUCGCCCUUCUCUGUUGUCAGCUAUUAUGAUCAGCAGCCCUCACGACAUCGAUGCCACAGUCGAGCCAGUCCAGAUUCAAACAGAUACAGCUCUUCCAUCAUGAAUAGUGGCUUUAGUAGCGCAGUGGGUGGUGAUUCCUUUCAUUUUUCCAGCGUGGCCGAUUCAACCAUCACUGAUUUUACCAAUGCUUCCACCUUCUCCAUCAAUUCAUUUUUAGACAAGGCUUCAGAUGAGAAAAAUGACUUUAUGCCCUUUUCAGUAUCAGUCAGCAACCCAACCAUCGAUCCUCAUCAUCCCAUUGAACUAGAAUCAUUAAGCACAGCGCAGGCUAUACUUGAUCUUUUGUUAAAGAAACCCGAAGCGAUCUAUGACGUCUUUAGUUAUGUAUUGAGUCAUACGGGCAGUGCUCGUAACACGAAUCACACAGAACCGUGCGAUGCAGCAUUCCAAAAAGAAGCAUUUUUAGCCAUGGAAACCUGGAGUUUGAGAGCGACAGACACAUUUGCCAAAGUGAUGGUGGCAUGCUGUCGACUGUACGGUUGGGGAACCGAAAGAGAACCUGAGUUGGGCUUCCACGAUCUGCAAAGCUUGGCAAAGCGGGGUGUCUGGGAAGCGUUUUAUUUCUUGGGACAAUGUUAUCAUUAUGGUCUUGCGUCAGACGACACGGCGAUGGACCGAGAAAAAGCACUCUACUGGUAUGCCAAACUGGUGGAAAAUGCUGAGAACGCCGCAAACUAUCAGCAAGCGCAACUGUACGUUGCUGAAGCCCAGUUUCGUAUCGUUGCCAUUCAGUUUGCUGCUGGAAAAAUUACGUUUGAUAAUUUACAUGAAAAUGUAGACAUGCUUAAACAAAGUGCUGAUAGCGGGAAUAGAAAGGCCGAAUUCUCUUUCGGUCUUAUGCUGGACUCGGGUGUUAUUAAAGACGAUGUCUCUGCGCUAGAAUAUUAUGAACGCAGUGCCAUCAAAGGGUAUGCUCCAGCGCAAGUUCAGUUAGGAUUAAGUCUGAUUCGAAAUGGUUCAAGUGAGGGUAUCGACUGGCUUAAAAAAGCAGCCGAAGAACAGCACGAUGCAUGGGCGUAUUACUAUUUAGGUGAAAGUUAUGAAUUUGGACGAUGUGUUGAGGUUGACAAACUAGCUGCUUAUCAGUGCUAUUCGAACGCUGCCGAGGGAGGCAACCAUUACUUGGCACAGUUCCGUCUUGGCAUGCAUUUUCUUUAUGGUGGUCUCGGGCUUCAAAAAGACCUAUCCAAGGCUUUCCAAUACCUCAAGACGUCUGCAAGAGCGGGCUAUCACGACGCUCAAUAUUUAUUGGGCAUGAUGUAUCGUCAAGGGAACAUUCCUGAGCUCUCUGAGCCCUGCUCUCCAUCUUCAAAAAAUACAAACCGCCAUGCUCGAAAACUACGCCAUGAGAAAGAAGCUUUUCGGUGGAUUCGGCGAGCCGCCACGCAAGGCAUGCACACAGCCAUUACACAGAUUGCUCAUUGUUAUGAAGAAGGUAUCGGCACAGCCGUCAAUCACGCUUUAGCGACAGAAUACUACUCUAUCGCAGUGAAGAUAGCUGGAAAACAUCUCCCGAGCGCUCAGCUCACGUAUGCUCGCUUUCUUCACAAGAGCGGCCACUAUAGCAAGGCGCUCGAGUUGUACCUCCUCGCGGCUGGGAUCCAUGGCUCCACGUUGAAUACGGUUCCGUCCAGUCCCGUUAUCGCACGCGUCGCUAAACGGAUGGUGGCUCUGAUUUAUUUGGAUAAAAGCGAUACAACCACUCCUUACGAGCCCAAAGAAGCGCUUGACUUGCUGUUUUCUCUCGCUGAUUGCCCCGAAGGAGACGCUGAUGCGCAUUAUUGGAUCGCCGUUUGUUAUGAAGAAGGUGUGCCUGACGUUUUAGCUGUCAACUUGCAAAAAGCGUACGAGCAUUACUUGAUCUCCGCUCAUCUUGGAUCAAGUGAUUCACUUUUCCAGGUUGGAUACAUGCUGUGUAAAGGCAUAGGGGUCAAAGAAGAUAAGGGUGCGGCGUUUUCGUGGUUUCAGAGAUCGGCAGAUAGGAACCAUGCCGAUGCUCUUUUCUACGUUGGCAUCUACCAUUACAAUGCGAAUGCACCUCUGUUAAAAAGAGACCAUGAACAAGCUCGUCUCUGUUUCCGGAAAGCAGCAGAAUCCAAUCAUGUGGAAGCUAUGGUGGCCUAUGCUCAACUAUGCCAAGAUAAACUCAACCUCUUGUCCUCCUCCUCUGCGGCCGAUGCGGCUGAAAUGAAACGACUACAAACAGAAGUGAUGAGAUGGUAUACAAAAGCAGCCAAAAGAAAUAGCAUUAAAGCAUUGCGUGAACUGGGUCGCAUUUAUACGGUCAAGGGCGAUUUCAAAAACGCUUUAGAAAGUUAUCUUAAAGCGGUCAGUCACAAUGAUGGUCUGUCGACUUUGAUCUUGGGUGGAUUUUAUGAAAACGGACAAGGAAUGACCGCCAAUACACAAAUAGCUCUGAAAUGCUAUGCCAAGGCUUACGAAUUAGGACAAGCAACUGCAUUGUUUGCUAGUGCCGAACUCUAUGAAAAACUACAAAAGUUCUCCAUAGCUUAUGCUUAUUAUCAACGCGUCUUACAAGAGCCAAAAAUAUCACAUCAACUUUUAUCAAAGAAAAUGUCCAAACUGAAAAUAGCACUCUAUAGCUUACAUUAUUGUCCGACGACUGCCAUUUUCGCCCCCACAGAUUUGACAGCAACGAUGACACAGCCCUACUUAUUUGAAAGCAUUCCUUCCUUGCUGCCUAAAUCCGAGGCAUUCCAACUUUUAUUGACGCUUGGAAAAGUAGAGCAGUUUGACAAAGCAAAAUACUGGAUAGCUAAAUGCUAUUUUGAUGGAAAUGGUACGCGUCAAGAUAGAGUAGAAGCGUCACGUUGGCUUUCCACCGUCAGCAAUCUUUAAUAAGGCUCUUCAGAAAGGGUCAAAAUCAUUGUAUUUCUUUUUUUUUUUGUUUUUUUUUUUUUUCUUC